UCGAGGGAGUAGCGGUAACUAUGUCUAACUCUGACUGACGGAAAUACUCGUUGUCUGUAACUUUUAAGCAAAAUUUCGUCUACUUUUCGCAAGUAACUGGCCUCUACGCAAGGAGAUUCAACCCGAAAAUUUCUCCCCAAUGACAUACGCAGUAAGAUUCACAGCAUAGCAACAGAGAAAGUCUAACUUUACGUGCUGCAUCGUGCUCUUGGCGACUAGGUUGUCAAACAAUCCAAUCAUUGUGAGUUAUGGUGGAUCAAAGAAAUCAAGAAAUCUUAAUGUAGCACCUCGACAACCUGAAAUGGAAAUGGCUGUCAACAGACCACCGACAUCUGAUUUGAAGCCCGAACUUGUUCAACACCUGCCUCUACAAGAUCACGGCCAUACGUCAAGAGUAAACAUGGAGCACAAGAACGAAGAACGAAGUGAGAGGAUUUCAUCGGCUGAGUGGGAAGCCUUACUUAGAAGAACGUAUAAGAAAUACGCAGAAAGCUUCCCAGAGCUAGGAGAUGCCCCUCCAAUAAUGUUUAAUUCCCUAAGAGAGUUGAGGAAAGCCGUAGACGACAAAUCCAAGGGACAUAUAAUUCAAUAUUCUAAGCUGAGAGGAAUACUCGUAGAGUUGUUUGAAAAAAGUUACAGCACAUGUGAGUCAGCGCGGACGAACGACUCAGAAAAAUUCAAUGCACUUAUGGAGUUUAUAAUUGAAGGCGAAGGAGCAACAGUGCUGCAUAGCUUCGUGAAAAACUGUUUCAAAGAUUUCUAUACUAAUGGAAAAGACGAAAAGUUGGGCACAAGUUACCAAAAGGAGACUUAUACUUGCGUUAAGAGCCUAUCAUACGCAUUGUCAACAAUACAAAACUUUACUGAUUUCCACGAUGGUUUUUGCUUGGCGAGCGCUCAAGAUGGAGUUGUACUAACUUGCAUGGAUAAUAUCAAGAGGAUCGAUCAAGAGAAUGAUGACUGGCAAAGCGAAGAUGAAGAAUCUGAAAUAUUUGAAGUACUAGACGCGUGCAUCUCAAUUUUGCACAACAUUUCUCGCCGACUGCGAGAUCGCCAAUGGUUUGCUAACAGUGACGACACUUUGCUCUAUUUUGCAAAAGUUAAAGUGGCAAGUAUCGCUGCCACGGCGUUGUUGUGCCUGACUUACCUUGUUGAUGAAGAAACUAAUCAUUUGAUAUCCGCCAACAAAGACUUGCUCCGCUUCAUUAUAGCAAUGUUAGACGAAGCUUGCGAGGCCGAAGACCACAAAAGCAACGGAUUCUCCGCUAAGGAACUUGUAGAAGGACUCGGUCGUUUGGCAAUUAACGACAACAAUAAGAAAAUUCUUGGAAACGAAGGGGCAAUAAGAGUCUUAACGUCAAGAAUCAAGACCUCGAGCGACGACGAGGAACGAGCGAGUGCGGUCGAGGCAUUGUGGAUGCUGGCUUUCGCCAACUCAAACAAGGAUAUUAUUCGAGAGGGAGACGGGACCAUGGAGAUCUUACGCACAUUACACCACAGUCAAAACGCUGAAGUGCAAAAGGCAGCCGCUGGAGCAUUGUGGGAGAUUGAAGGAAAGACAGCAAGAGACAAAGCCGAUAAGACAAAAGAGGGGUCUGGAAACCACGUGAUGAUUAGCUACCAACGGGAUGCUCAGGAAAUCAUGAUCCAAGUCAAAAAUCAACUUCAGGCUAAUGGAUGCAGAGUAUGGAUGGAUCUGGAGCAAAUGAGUGGGUCCACACUAGAGACAAGGGCCAAAGCUGUUGAGAACGCUGCUGUUGUACUGAUCUGCGUGUCACAACGAUACAAAGAGAGUCCAAACUGUCGUUCAGAGGCCGAGUACGCCUACCAGUUAGGAAAAGACAUCAUUCCUUUGAUGAUGGAGGAAAAUUACAAAGCGGAUGGCUGGCUAGGAAUGCUAUUAGGAACGAAACUGUGUAUUGGCUUUCAGAGUAAGGAUAACAUUGAUUCCGGUGUGACAAAACCGGUCAAAGAAUUGGCGGGAAGAGGAAAAGAUGUGGAUCACACAGACGGCCCCCCAAAGAAGAGGAUUCGAAAAACUACGGCCACCACUCCAACAAAACAGCCCUCUAGUCCAGAUGUAGCCGAAUGGACAAAUGAGGACGUGAAGAGAUGGCUGGAGAAAAUUGGAUUAACACAGGUGUGUGACGAAGACAUGGUUGAAUUCACUGGACAAACACUGAUUGAACUUCAAGAGCUCCGAGGAGAAUGCCCAGAUUAUUUUUACAAGUGUCUUGAGCGCACAUUUCAGCUUAAAAACAUGUUUCAUGUACUCAAGUUUAGAAAGGAGUUGGACAAACUGCUAGGAAAUUAAUUGCGAUUGGCGAAAUAUGCAAUUCCUCUCAUUCGCCUAGUUAAGGAACAGUUGUGUGAUGUGUGUCACACAAUUCUUUACAUUUAGGGGCAAAGCUCGUGUAUGAUCAUGAACUUUUGGACUGUAAAGAUGAAUCGUUCAUCAAACGGACACGCUUUCACAUGAGCAAACUAAGACAAAAUGACCCAACGUACCCCGAGAAUAGAUUCUUGUUUUUAUUUACAAUUUGUUUUCAAUCAGUUCGCCAAGGACGUAAAUCCGAAUGGAAUAAGUUCGGUGGUUGAAAAACGGGUCGCAGCAACCAAAUCCAAUGUUGACGCUAUAGCAAUAAUAUUCGAAUAGCAACUGAAAUAUGUACUAAAUUCUAGAGAUAAAAGCGUUAUACUCAAAUUUCUAAUUGAACAAUUUGCUAGUUUCUGCACAGCCAUGUACAGUUUUGUUAGCCAUGUUUUUUUUAAAUUAGGUUGGUUAUAAAUCAUACAUUUCCAGUUCUUUUGUACCAUUGUUGAGCUCACUUGUUGACUGCCAUUAGCACUGAAGGAUUUUCUGAGGUUUAAAAAUUACCUCUAAGGUUUUAAAAGCCAAAGAAGGUUCUAAAUCACCAUAAAUUAUCGAUCAGUCGAGAUGGCAUUGAACAUACUCCAAGAUUUUUUUUUUAAGAUCCAGUGCAAAGAUGAAUAUUGAUAUGCUAAAUACAAUUCCAUAUUGAGAAAAAGGGAAGUUGACGCUUUCGUUUUUGAAAUACAGGCACAUUGUUAAUAGUGUUUAAAAGAGGGUGUUAUUUUCUAACCAGUCCCUUCAAAAGGGUUUUAUAAUAUCUAUCAAGUUAUUUUUUAUGAUAUUUACAGUCGUAGUUGUAGGCUCCUUGGAAGAGUACUUUGUAGUGAUGAUAAAUACCGUGGAUAAGUAAAGUUUUCAUUCAUUCAUUCA